AUUCUCUAAUAUAUUAUAUAUUUAUUACAACCAUAAUGAUGAACUUUUCCUCGAGAGUUACGAAGAAAUUGUGCCCAUACUUGAAGAAUUCAACUGUAAGAGAAGAGGCAGCCAGUACUGCUUACUCCUUGCCUGAUGCUAUGAAGCAAUGCCCUUACGUCAAGGAUCUCUACUCUGGUUUUGGUGUUGAAGACCAAAAGGAUACAAAUAAUUUGGAGAGUAGCCCCAGAAAACUUGGGAUUAUCCCAUCCUCUUCAAACCAACCUAAGCUGUUCAAAAUGGAGCAGUCAGAAACAUCUUGUAAGUGUAAAGACUUCUAUGCUGAUGAAAAGAAGGCUGAAUGCCCAAUGAAAUCUAGUGAGGAGAUAUCUGAAAGUAACCCAACUCAGUACGAUCAUAAAUUCGAUGACGCGAUUACUCAACUGAAAGAUGAAGGUAGAUACAGGAAAUUUAUUAACGUUGAAAGACAUAUGGGAAGCUUCCCAAGAGCUACAAGAAGAGAGCAAAAGGACAAGUCUGAGGUGGUAGUCUGGUGUUCCAAUGACUACCUAGGCAUGGGGCAGCAUCCCAAGAUCCUAACAGCUAUGCAUAACGCCAUAGAUAAUUCGGGUGCAGGUUCUGGAGGAACAAGAAAUAUCGGAGGAAAUACUAAGUACAUCGAAGAACUUGAGAACGAAGUAGCUCAACUUCAUGGAAAAGAGAAGGGUCUUAUCUUCUCUUCCUGUUAUGUUGCAAAUGAGACCACUUUGACCACUCUCCCUCAGAUUUUAGGCCCAGAUACAAUUUAUUUCUCGGAUUCUAAGAACCAUGCUUCUCUAAUUCAUGGAAUGAGAAAUGGAAGAUGUGACAGGAAGGUAUUUAGACAUAAUGAUGUUGAGCAUUUGGAAGAGCUGCUCAAAGAAACGGAUAUUUCAAGGCCAAAGAUCAUAGUCUUUGAGAGCGUAUACUCCAUGUGUGGAACUGUCGGCCCUAUUAAGGAAAUCGUUGACCUAGCUGAAAAAUACGAUGCUUUGUGCUUCCUUGAUGAAGUCCAUGCAGUUGGUCUUUACGGACCAUCUGGUGCUGGGGUAGCUGAGCUUAUUGAAAGUCAUAGUGACAGAGUUAUGAUUUCUGGAACACUUGGAAAAGGCUUUGGUGUUUACGGAGGAUAUGUCACUGGAAAUGCUAAUCUGAUCGACGUGGUAAGAAGUAAUGGUGCAGGGUUCAUCUUCACCACAUCUUUACCACCUACUGUCUUAGCUGGGGCUAAAGCUAGUAUUAACCACUUAAGAACUUCUCAAAAAGAGAGAAGUAAGCAUAGAUACAACACUAGCACUUUAUUAGGAAAGCUCAUCGACCAGAAUUUGCCUGUAAUGAAAUCGGAUUCGCAUAUCUUGCCUUUAUUCAUUGGAAAUCCAGUUAUGGCUAGGACUGCUUCAGACAUGCUUCUAGAUGAAUUCAAUAUCUAUGUACAACCUAUCAACUAUCCAACCGUUCCAAAAGGAGAGGAGAGACUCAGAAUCAGUCCUUCACCUCUCCAUACCGAACAGAUGAUGGAUGAUUUUGCAGGAGCUGCUAGAGAAGUAUGGACUAAUUUAGGUCUAAAGCUACUUGACGACUACCUCGUUGAGCCAGAAAUGCAUGAAAAGUUCUUCCUUCCUGCAAAGAAGGGAAAGAAGAUAGACAUUGGUGACAACCACCUUUACACUUACAUGGACAGCCUUAUUUUGUAGUCCAUUUCACUUUACUACGCUUUUUAUAAGCAU